GCAGUUGCGUUUUCACUCUCACUCGGUACGCGUACGCCAUCGGAGACGCAAGCGGCAGCUGCGCGCAUUGCUAGAGAUAACGCCAUCCACACCGCGCGCGGUUGCUAAGCCCGCUCGUUGCCAUCGGUUUUGGCCGCCAACGGCGAGGAAAAUUUUGGCGCAAACACAACUCACACGUGCGAAUCAAAUAGUAGUGAACCAUCAUCUCAGUUGUUUUUUCAGUCGGAAAUGAUACCGUUGUGUUAGCAAAUACUUAAAUCACGAAAAAAGCACGUGUGCGCAGCGCGCGCGUAAAGUGAAAAGGGGUGGGAAAGUUCAAAUGUACGGCGCGCUUGUGAGCUGUGUUGCAAAGUGAGUCCGUUAAUCCGUUUAUCCAAGAACGCCAAGGAUGGGCCAGGAGCAGGAAGAUCAUACGGUGGGCGAUGGUGAGCAACGGAAAGGAGAUGAGCAGCAGCAGCAGCAACAGCAGCUCGAAGAGUCUCCCGCCCAGCUAAAGAACGGCACCGCCAAGCUGACCGUCCAGUCGGCGGGCGAUCUGAAGCAAACCAUUCUCGACGGGCUGGAGAAAAAGGGCGACCGUGGGCUGUGGCUAUGGGUCCUGUUCAUCCUCUGCCUGACGCCCAACAUCCUGAACGGGUUUCACGUCUCGUCGUACGUGUUUCUGGGCCAGCUGCCGAAAAACUACUACUGCAUGGUGCCGGAGCUGCUGCAGGCCGGCUGGAGCCAUGAGGAAAUACGGAACAUCACCUCACCAACGGGCAGCACGAAAAAUGGCACCUGCACGAUCUACACCUGGAACUAUGGGCAGCUGAGCGAGCUGAACUACAACGAUGCGCUCAGCUACACCCAGUCCCAUCCACCGCCGGCCGAGGUUAACUGUCUCGCGACGGCGGGCACCGGCGCCGGCAGCUGGCACAUGUACUACGACCAACCGGACGGCGUAUCGAUCGUACCGGAAUGGGAUCUGCUGUGCGAGCGGACCGCACUCCGUUCGACCGUGCAGGUCGCCCUGUCGAUCGGCAAGUUUGUCGGUGCGUCCAGCUUCGGCGUCAUCUCGGACAAGUACGGGCGCAAGACGAGCUUUUCGAUUGCGGCCACACUGUACAUCGUGGCCGGGCUGCUGACGACCUUUUCGCCGUUCUACGCGCUGCUGCUGCUUGGGCGCAUCGGGCUCGGUGCAUCCGCUUCCGGGGUGUUCUAUCCCGCCUUUGCUUUGCUGACGGAAAACAUUGGCAAACGGCACCGGUCCUGGAUGAGCAUUGCGUUCAACUUUUCCUACCCGCUCGGUAUGCUCUGUCUGGCGCUGGCCGCCUAUCUCAUCCAGCCGUGGCGCGAUCUUUCCCUCGCCCUGACCGUACCGUCCUUUCUGCUCGUGAUCCAUCUUUACUUCCUGGUUGAAUCUCCCCGCUGGCUGCUUAGCAAGGGCCGCGAACGGAAAGCGUACCGGAUGGUGUUCGGGCACAGCGCACCUCAGGAGCUGAUCGACAGUGCGACAGUGGCGGAAAAGCAUCAAGCCGCCGCGGAAGCGGAAACCGACUCGGCCCCGGUACCGUUCAGCACGCGGCUAAAGCAAUCGUUCAGCGAGUUUACGAAGCUUUACGGGACGCCCGUACUCUGCCGGCGGGCGCUUAUUUGCCACUUUACGUGGUGCAUUACGUCGCUGUGCUAUUACGUUACAGCACUCAAUGCCGAUAACUUUGCGGCUAAUCGAAACGUGUACGUUGCGACCACCGGCUCCGUAGACAUCGUGGCGUACAUACUCUCGAUGAUCGUGCUGGCGUACUUCGGUCGGCGCAGCUCCUCGUUCUGCUUCUUCCUGUACGCCGGCGUCUGUCUGCUGGUGGUGCUAACCAUCCCGCCCGACAACACGACCCUGCUGGUAACGCUCGCGAUGCUGGGCCGCGUCGGCAUUACCGCGGUGUACGCGAUCGUGACGCUGCACACGGCGGAGCUGUUCCCGACCGAGAUACGCAACACGGCGCUCGGCAUCUGCUCGACGAUGGCGCACGUCGGCUCGAUUGCGGCACCGUACAUUACGGAUCUGCUCGGCCGGCUCGCCUGGUGGAUACCGACCACGAUCUGCGGCUGCUCGGUGCUGCUGGCCGGUGCACUCACCCUGCUGCAUCCGGAAACGCGCGAUGCCGCGCUGAAGGAUCACGCCCAGCAGGAACGGCACGCAACGCACGCGGUCGACGAGGAGAUGGACGAGAAGGGCGAAAAACCGAUCGCGAACAAUUGAGUGAUGCGAGGGGGAGAGUAAGAAAAUAACACGACGCCACACACACACACACUGGGGGGUUUUGUUUAAGCGAGAUUAGAAAGGAUAAGGACUUUACUUUAAGCCGAACCGGUCACACGGUCGGACCGAUCGGAAAAUGGCGCAAAUAGUAGGCAACGUCGGUGUAGACGCCGGGCGUUCCCGGUGCCCCACAGCCGACCCCGUACGAGAUGACGCCGCGCAGUACAAACUGCGUGGACGGAGGGCGCUGGCACACGUAGCCUCCGCCGGAAUCACCCUGUUAAUUUAGAAAAAAAAGAAACGCUAGUUUAGUAACUAGCAAGUCUCAACUGGGAAAUGGCAAUAGCUACUCACCUUGCAAGCAUCGGACCGCCCAAUGGCACAAAACAUUCCAGAGUCGGUUGGUGGCGCUACGACCGCUCCCAUCAUUCCAAUGCAUCGGUCCAGCUCGAGGGCCAGCACCGUGCCGUAGUGGAGCGUUCGGCUGAUCGGCCCAUCGUACGACCCGGACCCAUAGCCGAAGAUGUAACACAGCUCACCGUUAGCGGCCGUACGGUAGGUGUCGUUGGGUAAGCUUAACAUCGACCGUGGAUCGUCUUCCAGUUUGCUGCUCGGUGUGGUUGGUAACGCUGCCCGAAGCAAUGCGAUAUCGCCUACCAUCGUUACGCUGCCAGCGGAUGAACGAACAGUGAAACAGAAAAAAGCCUCUCUUUAAUUGAUUCGGUUCGUUAAUCUCAUACAGCAGUGUGGUGGUUCACUUACGGAUUGUAACUAUCCAGCAGAUGCGUCUCAACGAUGGGUAAACGUUCGACGGUGCUAUCGUCCAGACUGGCGCCACCAAUUACCGCCACCAUUUGCGUCAGAUUGCCCUUUCGCCUGAAAAAGGUGAAACGAUAAAGCGAUUAAACAGCAUACAGCGCCAGGUUCGGUAGGAAGAUGAUUUUAUAAAUGAAAAAACAAAACAAUUUCCUUUAAAAUCCCAAUUAUCAGGGAAACAGAUCAGGGCGGGCGGGAAUUUUACACAUUAAGCUAACACAUUUAGACAUUAAUUGUACGCUUUAGGAUAUAAGACGCUACCACGUUGCAGACACGUUGUAGGACGGAACAGAACAAUAACACUCAUUGUUGUCAUAAAACGA